AUGACGAGGCUCGCCAUUAUCUGCCGCAUCGCCACGCUAUUGCAUUGCGCACUAGCAUCCAGUAUCGCUCAGCCACACAAUAUCAAUGCCGGUCAUGCCGGUCAUGCCGGUCGUGCAGGCGUAGUAUCCAUCGCCCUCGAGACACCCCUUCGCAGCUCGGAAAGCCGCCCAUGGGGCGAUGCGGCCCAGCCGAUGGGAUGGCGAGGAGCACAGCGCGCAGCGCAGCUAACACCCUCAGAAAUCUCCCCCUCCUCCCCCCAGUCCGCCGAGUCCAGCGCGCCAAGACUAAGCGUCUCAACCCUGCUCCAGCCGCAGCCAGAGCCAGCGGGUCAUCAACAAGCUUCAUAUUCCACUUUUGUACCGGCCCCAGCUUCAGCCAACCAGGCAGCUCAUGUCUUUACAGACGCGUACAAUGGCUAUGACAUCCCCGAGAUGGACCUACAAGAAGUGGCCAACGCGUGCUCGGCCUACCAAGCUAUCGAUAACGGAGAUGCGUCGGGACAAUUCGCUUUCCGACGCAAAACACCCAGUCCGGUAUUUUACUGCUAUACUGUCACGGACGCGGUGGACGUUACGCCCACGGUGGUAUGUACCAACACAAACAACAACUUUGGUAUAUAUUCUGCGUAG